GUUCGAUAAUCCACCAGCUAGCCGUCGUCCGCCAUUUCGAGAUAGGUCUCCGGCCAAGCUCUCCGUUCGCCGCCGCGACCAUGAUCGACCCCUGGUGGCCCAUACUUGGGGCAGCUGCCCCAGUCUUGAUCGCCGGCCAAGCCUUCAGAAUUAAGGCGAGGCAUGCCGAGGGGCAGCGGAUCAAAACCGCCCGUGGUCGGGAGAAAACCGCAGACGACAUAUUUGUGUGCGAAAGAGUCUGCACUUCCAAAAGGAUGCUCAAGAAAGUGGGGGCCUUUUCCAAAGACCCGAUUCCCGACACUUGUGUCACUGUGUGUGGGGUUUCGGAACUUGAUGCCUGUGCUGAUGCGUGUGCACGAACGGUAUGUGUGAACCAGCAUCAAGUGCCCAACUGGAAUGAUGUUUGUCUGAGGAGGUGUCAGAGUGAAUGUCUUAAACUAUCCGCAUCACGGUCUUCGUGAGUCCUUUGCCUUUGAGUUUUGAGUAUCUCAUUUUCGAAAAAGAAGGUGAAUUUGUACAAUGGGUACCGUGUUAGGCCUCCUCUAGUUUCUCUUGGGAGACUGUUUAGAAUUGGUGAUCGUUGGCUUCUUAGAUGUGUCGAGUAGUUGUUUGAUCAAUGUAUUUCCCUUUUUCUUUUUUUUUUUUUUUUNGUUUU